CACACACACACACACACACACCUCCUCCCACUCGCCUAAUGUAAGAUGUCGUUGUUCACAGACUGACCUGACUAACUGUGGAUGCAAUGUCACCGGGAAUUACUCAGGUCGCGUCCUCCAGGUGACAGGUGGCUACACAGGUGAUGCGCUCAAAGUCGUGGCGCAGAGGUACCAGCAUGUGGGGGGCGUUGGAUCAGCUGAGGAGUUGGUGAGCGUAGCGUGGCACCCCGAGGAAGAGAUGCUGUUCAUGGCGGCUCCCAGGACCACCCUCAGCCUGGCCAGCGGGCAUGAGGGCCAGGCGGGGCAGUGGUGGCGGCUGUGGUUGAGAGGCGGUGAGGAAGAGCGCGGCAAGGCCUCCAGUGGUGACCCCGCGCCGCCUCAGCUUGACCAAGAGCGAGACGCAGCCGGAACCGAGGCAGGACGGGGCGUGGUGGUGCGCACUCAGUUCUCUGAAUCCAUCUUUGGCGUAUCUGUGGACUCGCUGAUGCCGGGGAAGCGUCGGCGUCUCCUGAACCUCACCGUCACGCCACACACUGGAGAACACUGGCAGGUGAGCCUACAUGUGCCAAUUAUCUCUACAGCCCUCGAGUGGGAGACGAAGCUCUGGAAAAAUCAGGGCAAGCAACAUUGGGAAGUUAAUGGGGAAGUCAAGUCUACCAAAUCUGACAUAUCGUUAGAAUUCGUUCACUUCAAGCAGGAGAAGCAGGACGAGGAGACUCAGGUCACGGAUGACAGAGGUGAGGCUGGCAGGUGUGAUGCUGAAGGUUGUGGGGACGGCAAUGUCAAGGAGCCAAAAGCCAAGUCGCGGCACCACGUCGACAGUGAUUGCGACUCAGAUUUAAGAAAAGAACAGACAGUAGACCAGAAUGAAGUUUGUAGUGGUCGAGAUCAUAAAUCAGAAGACUUAAAGCAAAAUGAUCAUGAUUCCGUAAUGGUAAAUGUAGACGAAGAAUGUUCCAGGAAAGCGGAGUGUGAUGGACCGGAAGAGUCAGUGUCAAGUGAAGCUGUUCAAGAGACUACACAAAAAUUAACUUCCCGGGUUUUCAGCCUUUCUUCCAACAUGAAGACUUACGUCUCAUCUGACGGAGGACGCUGGAUUCGGAUCCUGCAGCGCACACACCUGGCAUUCUGUCCUCGCCUUGGCUGGAACUUGAACCAUCUGGGUGGAGUGGCAUUCUCACUACAGACUGGAGACCCGUCCACUUAAAGGACCCGGUUGGAGUUGGACACAAAAUUCAAGAGCAGAUUUUCAGCCGUUAAAAUAUCUUAAAUCUUCCGAUAAGAUUUAAAUUGGGUAAUGUUGGGUUUGCUGUAGUGAAUUACCAAGACAGAAGUCCAUGCAUGUGUCUGGGAUGUAAGGAGGGUAGAAAUGUCUCCCUUCACACCACAGGAGGCAGCACCACCGUGGCAGGACCCCAGAGUCAGGUGCUGUGCUGGGAGGAGACGAACAGCAGCAGUAGUGAAAGAAUCCAUUGGUGGUGGUGGUGGUGGUGGUGCAGCUGUCCACUCCACAGUGACCGUCUUGCUUCAACAUGCUGUCUUCCCACACCUGCAAUGAACAAAACCUCUCCUGUGAUGAGCAACACUGAGUAACACCUCUCCCCUGCAUCAGCAACACUCAGCAACACCUCUCCUGUGAUGAGCAACACUCAGCAACAUCUGCUUCUCUUCACACAUUCAUUCAAGCCUCUCUCUCUUCUCUCUCUCUCUCUCUCUCUCUCUCUCUCUCUCUCUCUCUCUCUCUCUCUCUCUCUCUCUCUCUCUCUCUCUCUCUCUCUCUCUCUCUCUCCACAGCCCCACAGCAUGUCCCCCACAGCAUGUUUACAAACCCACAGUGACUCCCCACAGCCCCUCACACACACACACACAGAGCAUUACAUAACAGUGCAUCUUGUACAGUGCCUAUAUUAAAGAAUGAACACAGAAAAUGGA